CAGAACCAAUUAUGUCAUGGAACAAACAAGGGUUCUUAAGAAUAGAUGCUUCUUCAGACCUUUUGGUGUAAAUAAAGAAAGUAGUUAUGUCAUGUUGCAGAAUCAAUUGAAGCACUGACUUGGAGCCUAUUCAAAACUUUGUCACCCUGCAACUGUACAUGGAAGAACUAGAAGCCCCUUUACUAGCCACAAAAGGUCUAUGAAAGAGUUCAAUCUUCUGCCUUGACCACCACCUUAACAAGUCAGAUGUUCCUGUGCUCAUACUUGGGGCUACAGCUGCUACAAUCAUUCAUGGUGAUAUAUGAGGAAGUAAGCCAAGUUGCUAAUGAUGCAGAUGAAAUUAUAUGAACGAUUCCUUCAGACAAUUCCUCUACAGACAAUGCAGUAGACUGACAUCAACACAAACCUGAUGCAGCAGCCAACAAAGCAACAAACUGAGCAGUGCCACAAUUUGAAGCUUGCUCGAGAUAAGAUGACAUCAAGGGAUUGUAGAUUAUCAAAAUUGUAUCAUUAUCAAUGUUGGUACAGUUUCCGGUAUGGUGACGUGUCGCCUGUUGAUUCGCUCUAUUAAGAAAUAAGUUUUACUUUCCAAGACCUGUUAGAAAUGAAAAAAUUGAGAAGAUAGGGGAAAGGAUGACACAAAGAUUUAAGUGGUUCCCCAAACUGAGGUACAUCCACUGUAGGAGACGUAGAGAAAAUUCACUAUCAAGUAGUUACAAGGGGGAAAUCACUCGUAGCCCAAAGCCCCGAUACACCCUGAUUUCCCUUACUUAUGUCUUGUUGUACGACAAGUCAAGAAGAGAAAACCUCUCUUUCUUUGCCUCUGUACCAUACACCAAGAAGGAUGAACUCCUUUCUUUCUCUCUUUCUCUCUCUCUCUCUGUGCCUCUGUAUUUCUGUAUUGUUCUUCGUAUAUUCGUCUAUUCUCUUCUCUUUUUUUUUUGUACCUGGUGCAAUGAUCUUUAUUUAUAGGCCGGGCUCCUGGCCUUUCCAUACUUGCUGCCUUCCUCGAUUUCUUCAUGCUCCGCCCCUUAGGAGUUUGAUUCCUCGCUUAGUUUAAUCUGUUGGGACACGCCUUUCUUGUCUCUGCUGCCUGUCUUCUAGCCCUUUAAUAUUUGUUUUUGUUAUAUCAUCAAGUGGAAGGAAUGUAUGGAGAUUAUUUAAUGCUGAGUGGAGAUAUGAUGAGUGGAAUGGUGUUGGUCGAAAAGUGCAAAGUGAUGGAAGGAAUGAGUGGAUGGUUAUUUUAUGAUUGAGUGGGAUUAUUUAUGCAUGUGCUAUCCAAACCAAUGAAGAAAGUGCUGCCAGGUGCGGGGGAAAGUGCUGCCAGGUUUGGAGGAAAGUGCUGCCAGGUUUGGAGGAAAGUGCUGCCCAUGCUGUCUUGAUGUUGUUGUCCAGCAGAGUUUCUCCAAAAUCAUCCACUAGCAUUUGUUUAAUGCUGAACCCCACCUCAAUCGUUAAAUAACUACCUUAUCCCAUUAAUCAUGGAAUUCUGUCCUUAUUGUACUCUGAAACAUCUGCGGCAAACCUUCAACCAGACCCCGAGAUGAUGAUGUCCGAGACGUAAUAACUUCUCGGGAUAUCGUCGCACCAUAACGGAGUUAUAAAAGGCCGAGGGGUUAUUGUACCGACUUGUUGUUAUCUCCGAGGCGAUGUUACUCCGAGACUCAAAUACCCGAGAUGUGCUCACUCCAUUCAGAUUAGGAGAUCUCGGGAUGUUCUUCAUACCGCAACCUGGAGUGUUAAGAUCGUUAUACCUCCGAGAUGUAUUUACACCGAGACAUCGUUAUACCUCCGAGAUGUAUUUACACCUAGGCAGUCUUUUCUUUGUUGGCUGUAAUAAAUGUCCGAGACAUAGCUCCGAGAUGUUUCCGAAUCCACGUGUCUCUAGGGUUGAUUUUAUCCCUAACAGUUACCCCCCUAAUUCUCUGAUUUCGGAAAUAAACGGAAAUUAGGGAAUUAUUCUUCGGCUGCCAGUCUGUACUCGAUACUGUGAAGGGCGCGUCUUUUCAACAGUUCAAAAUUUGAAUUUGACCGCUUCUUUUCCCAAUGACGACGUCAGCUCUGUACAGCCGCCUUUUUGUCAUCAUUAAAUGGUAUUGUCGAGGCAGUGCAUUUAAUGCUGGAAUUACGGAAGGUGCGUCUUUUCACCUUCGGAAAUUUUGAAUCGACACCGCCUUUUGGGAUCUCAGACACGUAUGGGUGGAGAUAUUUAAAGUUAGAAUAUUUUACUAUUCAUUCCUCAUCACUUAUCUGUUUCUUUCGAUCUUCAUUGUCUUCUUCCUCCUCAACUUUUUCCUUUCUCUGUAUUUCCUGUUUCCACUCUUCUUCUUUCUUCCAUGGCUCCCAAGAAAGCUGUCCAGACUGCUCCUGCCACAUCUCGGGCUCGAACAAAGAGAUCCGAUGGCUCUGUAGAUCUCUCUCCUCUGGAGAGCAGAGUCGACUCCAUUAUUUUCGCGAAGCAUGAGAGUGUUCUUCGCUCGAACUACGAAAUUUCUCCAGCAGUAAAACUGUUUUAUCAGGCGCCAGGAACCAGGGUUAUUGACGGUGGCGACGUCACCCUAUACGAGAGGAUGUUUCUGGCUGGUCUCCGAUUGCCGUUUCCGGAGAUUGCUCGAGACUUCGUUCUUUUUCUGAUGAUCGCGCCCAGUCAGAUAAUGCCAAAUGCUUGGCGGUACCUGUUCGCCUCUUACAUCCUGUGGAGGCUUGUGUUGAAGAAGGAGAUGAACAUCUUGCAAUUCUUCAACAUCUAUAGGCCGAGUCAGACUGCAGAGGGAAUGAUUGAACUCUGCGUUCGUCACCCGCCUGUCUUCAUCAAGCUCAAGAGUGGGCUGACGAACAACAAGUUCUGGGAGAUGCAGUUUUUCAGAGUUUCCGGGGAGUGGGAAUGCCCCGAAGGUACUCUCCUUCCUGAAGACCGUAUAAUGCCUCGGACUUGGCAGUUGCUGCGAUCUGACCGAAGUGACCCCCCUUCACUCACUGUAUCCGAACUGGAGGAUGUUAAGGAGAUAAGUGGGUGGUCCGCUGCCAGAGUCAAGGCCGACAAGUUUGAAGAAGUUGAUUUCGACAAUCUCGUCACCGAGGAGAAUCUGAGGCAGUUUCUCGGAUAUGACAUUCCGAGAGACAAACAAUUAAUUACCAAGAGGGGAGCUGUCAAGAAGAGGAAUGACGCCCCUCCAUCUCCGAGGCCUACUACUAAGAAGAGGUCGACUAAAAAUUCCGAGGAAGUUCUCGGGGAUACUCCAGCGCAAAAGAAACAGAAGAUCCCUUUGACUGCCUCGGGUGCAAGGAGGACUCCUCCUUCGGUUCCAUCACCUAGGGUGAACGCUGAAGAGGGGUCUGCCAGCUUUCGGGGUUUCAUCCCCGAGGUUAGCCCUUCUCCUUCCUUUGUUCCACGGGAUGAAUCUGGUUCCGAGGCUUCGUUCCAUGGUGAACAAUGUGCGGAACCCGAGAGGUCUGGAGAAGGAGAGGGAAAUGUACCUGAGACCCGAGACAUCCCAGUCGCGCGUAGGGUGAAGCAUCCGGCCAGGAAGCGGAAGCUCACUGCCCAGGACCGAAUGGCUCAAAGACUUGCGGACGCCGAGCGGAUGUGGGGUAAAGCGGUUAUAAUACCCUCCGACGCCGAGGAAGUGCGCCAAGAGAGUGAUGAAUCUCUUGAAGAGAUGGGAGAGGAAGUUGGCACCCCCCGAGCUGAGCCUCUGGCUGAAGAAUCUGAAGUAGAAGGUAUUCCCCGAACUCCUUCUUCGGAGCGUCCAGAAACACCACCACUUCCCGAGGAAGACCUUGGAACGGGGCCUACCACCCCCCUAGCGUCUGUGGAACUUGGAGCUCAUGCUGGGGUGCCCGAGGCUGAAAAUGUCGAAGAGCCUUGCCCCUCUCGGGAAGUGGUUGAUCAGGAGGUGCCGGGCUCUGCUCCUGAAACUCAAAGUUCCGGUCAACCCGAAACAACUCCCCACGUCGGAGUGGCUGAGGAGUCUCGGAUCGACUCCGAGAACGUUAUUCCUGAAGCUGGCGUGCUUCCCGAGACUUCUACUAGGAGCGAGUCUCGUGCUGAGGCCAGCCCAAGUGCCGGGGCUGUACCUCAAGUGGGUCCUAGCUCUUCCUCCAGGGUCUCGGCCGGCUUCGAGAUUUUGGGCAGGGGUCUUCUGGGUCAUCCGAUGGAGGCCAUCAAGAACUUAAUCCCCGAGGGAUACCUGGGGAAUGCAGGGGCGUCUUCUCCCGAGAAGAUCGCUCAAGGCAUUCUCAUCUCUCAUUAUCAGCUUCUUGUGAAGAUGACUGCCCUCUGGCAGAAGUAUGAGAAUCAUCCUGCGCCUCCGACUACUCCUUCCCCCGAAGUGCUGGCCCGUAUCUCGGGUUUAGAGAAUGAAGUUGCGACGCUGAAGUCUCUUCUUCAGUCCAAGGACGAGGAACUCGCCUCCAGGGACUCUAUCAUAUCCGAGAUGCGUUCUGCUAACGCUCGUUUGAGGAAUGAAGUACUGGAGGCCAACGAUCGGUAUAACCGCUCGGUUGCAAGUCUUUCUACCGAGUUGGAUCGUGCAGACCAACUCUCCAUCCGCUUGUCGGCCGUACAGAACGAAUGCUCCGAGGCAUGCAAAAAUGCUCUGAAUGCAGAAGCUGAGAAGGACAAGCUUAAAGACGAAGUUGAAAGACUUACAGCCGAGAGGGAUAAAGCUGUCAAGGCGCAGGAUCAUUCGGAGAGUCUCUCGAUUCGGCUCAGGACCAGAUAUGACGCAGAUCGGGCGAAGCUCAAGCGUUAUCUGAAGCAGUUGAGCUAUGCACCACAUCUUCGGGAUCAUAGUUGGUGUCGGGGUUGUCAUUGGGGUUUCGAAAAUUUUCGAACUUUGGUGACAAAUCUCCAGUACAAAUUUGAUCCCAAGACUGUUGAUCCGAGUCUGGUGGGUUUUCCCGAAGAAGCCAUCCAGGAGAUGGAGGAGUUCGGGAAGGACUUCAUGCCCGACGUCCCGAAUUGGGGUCUUGACGCACCAACUCCUGAAGACGACCCUCUGGACGAUCCUGCCGGCUAG